AUGGAGAUGGAGAUCGUUCAUCCCGUGCCCGACGAGUUCACAAAGAUCAAGGUUUCUCGCCGAGUUUCAGAACCAGAACCAGAACCAGCAAACUCCAAUUCAGACUCAGCAGAAAAUACAUCCUUGGAGACAGAUGGUGAGGCACCCGGAGCGGUUCCACCCGUUAAAGACCAUUCCACAACCAGAGAUGCAGCACUGAAACACUCGACCCCCCCUGUAGACCAGGAGAGCCUUGGCGAAGAGCCUGCUACAGCCGCCACUAGCUCGAGCUGUAGCUCUAGUUCUAGCGACCAGCACCAGCCUCCGCCCAGUAGCGAUCUGCGUCCGCCACAACCACAACCUCAAAUCAAUCCACCACCAUUGAUCUCCCCUUCACUACAUCAACAAGAACAGUCAUCACCAUCGCGGCCACGCCAAGCAAGCUCGAAUCUCGACCGAAUUCACGAGGACGCACAGGAUUCGGAUUCGGAUUUGGAAUCACCCACUGCGCGCUCCAGAGCUGUUGCGAGCUUAGACUUGGAUGCCGCCUCUGAGCUUGCUGGACACAAUGACGACGACCCGUUGAGUCUAGACCAAGCUCCAAACUCCCCCAGAUCUGUCGCGUUUGCGCCUUUGGCAGCGGCUACCUCGACGAACUUUGUCACUCCAUCUCCUGGUCUCCCGUCAUCAGGAAUUCUUUCGGUCCCUGGCUCUCCAACAGCGCGACCAGCCCCACCCCCCAGACGACAGAGCUUGCUGUCGAACCGCCAGACGACCUUGAUCAACACACUCCUUUCGAACCAAUCCACGCAUGAACCUAGCAUAACACAACCUCCUACAUACGCGCCCAUAAACGGAAAUAUGGUGACUCGCAAGAUCUGGGUCAAGCGACCCCAUGCAUCACCAACCCUCGUUACUGUCAACGAAGAUGACCUUGUUGACGACGUCCGCGAUAUGAUACUACGUAAAUAUUCAAAUUCCCUCGGCCGAAGCUUCGACUCUCCCGAUAUAAACAUCCGCGUUAUACCUCGAGACCAACAUUCAGAACGUGUCCUCAAUCCUGAGGAGCCUAUGGGCAGGACGUUAGACGCCUAUUACCCAGGUGGGCAAACGGUUGAAGAAGCUCUUGUAAUCGAUAUCCCUCGGCGUGCGCCUAAGGCUUCCCCAUGCCCUGUAAUACCAGCGUAUGUUGGAAAUGUCUACUACAGCGAAGAUGGUCGACCUACUGAAACGAGCGACGGUUACUUUCCCUCAGUGGGCGUGGGUACUCAUCCUGGUGCCGUUGGCUCGCCGCACCUCCCGAUGGCAGUACCCACACAUGUCAAUACUCAAGGUCAGCAGCACUCGAUUGCAGUAUUGGGGACUGGUAUUAUCCCUCCCAUCCCGUCACCUGGUAGAACACGCACACACCAAAGCCAUCCAAGCCGUCCCGGAAUAGUCCGUACUCACACGUCAUCACCGACUACGAUAGCUGGUCCUUCAUCCGUAUCUUUGGCUGCCGCUGCCGCUGUGAAUCAUGCGAGCCACGGUACGCAACACUUCUCAAGGCUACCACAUUCACGAACUCAUUCAAAUUCUUCAGAUGCCCCUGGUAUGCCGCCUGCUGCCCCUCCUCUGCCGACGCCGCCCGCACCCGAGCCAACAUAUGCCCCGACACCACCUGCCAGGCCAUCCUCACCGCGACCCAUACCUAAAACUAGGAAAACAAAAAAGUCCGAGCAUCCAAGCCUACCACCAGGCAUGCUCAAUGGUGGUGUGCCCCCCAUCAACGUUCUGAUCGUCGAAGAUAACCCGAUCAACCUCAAGUUGCUCGAGGCUUUCGUUAAGCGCCUUAAGGUGCGAUGGUCAACCGCCAUGAACGGACGCGAUGCCGUGAAGAAGUGGAGGAGUGGUGGAUUUCAUUUGGUUUUGAUGGAUAUUCAGCUCCCCGUCAUGAACGGACUCGAUGCGACUCGCGAGAUUCGUAGGUUAGAGCGAGUUAACUCGAUCGGUGUCUUUUCUUCGUCUCCUGAUGGUGAAAUAACGACGGAAAAUCCCGACGAGGUUGAUGAGAAAGACCGCCUGGAUAACACUUCCUUAUUCAAGAGCCCAGUAAUCAUCGUCGCUUUGACUGCCAGUUCAUUGCAGAGUGAUCGACAUGAAGCGUUAGCCGCGGGCUGCAACGAUUUCUUGACCAAGCCUGUCAAUUUCGUUUGGCUUGAGCGCAAGGUCAUGGAAUGGGGCUGCAUGCAAGCUCUUAUUGACUUUGAUGGCUGGCGCAAGUGGAAAGAAAUUUCUCAGGAAGCCGAAGAGAAUGAGGCGGCGAAGAAGGCAGCAGUUGCAGCAGCCAAGGCAAAGUCGAAAAAGAAUCGAGUUUCCAUGACCAAGCCUGGCUGA